AGGAGUGGCCUAGCACGCACCAUAACUUGUCGAUCAACUUUUGUCUAUCCUGUCUCUGUUACUCAUUAGUAAGCAGAUAGCCAUAGAAAGAGAGAGACAGAGACUUUUCAAAUUUCAAUCAUGAAUGUUGAAGAAGAAGUUGGGAAGCUUCAAGAGGAAAUCAAAAGGCUUGGUCAGAUCCAAGAAGAUGGAUCUUAUAAGGUCACCUUCGGUGUCCUAUUUAAUGAUGAUCGAUGUGCAAACAUAUUUGAAGCUCUUGUUGGAACAUUAAGAGCUGCAAAGAAGAGAAAGAUUUUAACAUAUGAUGGAGAGCUUCUUCUACAAGGUGUCCAUGACAAUACAGUUAUUACCAUGAAACCUUCUGCAACAGCUUCUUCGACUGAUGCAACAGAGAAGAGCUGAUGAACUCGUGUUUUAGACUUCCAAUUUCCGGCUGAGGAUGAGCCCUGCAAGCUGCAAUUAUUCUCGCAUUUGUAUGAUCUCUCUUUUUUCUCUUAAUAUGUAUUUUUGUGCUUUUGGAGAUAUCACCUCGGGCUUUCUGAAGGUUAUAUCAGAAAUCCACAUUAAUUUGUAUGUGGGUGUACUCUUAGACUGGCCUAAAUGUAAUUUCUUAAAGCUAUAUCUAUGCUAAUUCUCUAUAUAGUUCAAAUUUGUAA